CGGCUGCACUUCUGCACCUUCCGCCACCUUCGUCCUGACCUUUCCGCUAGAAUGUUUGAGAAGAUAACCUCGUUAUGGAGCUCAAAGCCAACGCAAGAUGCAGCGUCGUUGGACAAGCCGUACGACCCGACAGACCCGAAAAUGAACCCGCUGAACCCGCAGGGUCUUAAACCAUGCUGCGCUUGCCCCCAGACCAAGUCUGCGAGGGAUGACUGCUUCUUACGUUAUGGUCCGGAGGCGGACGAGAAGUGCAAGGAUCUCGUGCAGCAGCACAUUGCAUGCAUGCGAAGCCUUGGUUUCAAACUCUAGAAGAACCUCUCAUCUCACGGCAUCUAGCAUAUCACCACUUUGAUAAUUUAAUCCUCCAAUGAACCCCUUCACUGUAUCUAUAGAUGUUCUAUCACCGCUCAUAUAACAUCUCUUCGCAUGGGAAUUUUCCGGUUUG